AUGGCCCCGCAAGAUACUUUCAUUGAUGACGAAGACGAUACAUGCCCUCUUUGUAUCGAGGAGUUCGAUCUUUCUGACCGAAAUUUUCGGCCUUGUCCUUGUGGCUAUCAGAUCUGCCAGUUCUGUUUCAACAAUCUCAAAAAUAACCUGAACGGUCUAUGUCCUGCAUGUCGCAGACCUUACGACGACAAAGACGUGAAAUGGAAGGUGGUAACACGCGAAGAGGAAGCGGAGUUCCGGGCCAACAUACAAAAGAACCAAAAGAAACGUGCUAGCGAGCAGCGACAAAAAGAGGUUCAGAAGCGCGAAGCUGAAAGGGAAAACCGCAAGAAUCUUCAGGGAGUCCGGGUUGUUCAGAAGAAUCUCGUAUAUGUUACAGGUCUGACACCAACGGUUCGAGAGGAUGAACUACUCAAAACUCUUCGGAAACCAGAGUUUUUUGGGCAAUAUGGCAAUAUCCAAAAAAUCUCUAUAAGUAACAGGAAAUCUUCCGAUGGCCAACAACAGUCCCUCGGCAUAUACGUUACAUUCGAGAAGAAAGAGGACGCAGCGAGGUGUAUAGCAGCAGUUCAUGGCUCUCAAAAUGGCGACCGUGUGCUAAAAGCCCAGCUGGGUACUACUAAAUAUUGUUCAGCUUGGCUUCGCCAUGAACAGUGCGGCAAUCGACAGUGCAUGUUCCUACACGAACUAGGUGAUGAAGAAGACAGCUACUCACGUCAAGACUUGUCAUCACUUAAUAGUGUACAUACACAACGUCCCCUAUCUAAUGCUGCAUCAUCGUCACGCUCCGUGUCUCGCCCACACCCUUCAGCUAUUCACCAGCCAGCUACAUCCCAGCCGAUGAUUCGCUCAUCUAGUAAAGAGGACUCUGAAGCUGGUGAUGGGCCUGCCUUACCAGCCUCAGCGAACUGGGCACGGACGACGCAACAACGUAGCAGACGUGGCAGUCAUGCAACCAGUGGUGCUGCCUCAAGCCCUGCAAUCUCCACCUCAUUACCUGCCACUGCUAGUUCUAUCCACGAGUCUAAUGACACAGCAAUGUCUCAGGAAUCUGGCCGGAAAGCCGAUAGGCAGGUUGCUGAUACGAACGUCGCUGCUGACCCAGCGCCCUCGAAGCCACAAUCUUCAAUAGAGGAUCCGUAUGAUUGGGAUUAUUUUCGUAGGGUACUGGAAGAGACCCGUGCUGCUUUUCUCCCCAAAUCUUAUUCUGGAGAUGAAAUACCUCCUAUGUUUGAUUUGAAUGGGGCAGCAAGGAGACGAGCUAUGCGUGAUGACGAUGAGAAUCGUCUAGGCGAUCAGGACGAUCAGGUGGAUAAUCUGACCCAAUCUGAUGGAGAGCUCGAGAGCGGCAGUCUCGCGUUAGGAGGCGAGCCAGAAGAUAGAGACCCGGCACGCAGUGUGCUAGGCUAUGAGCAGAGGCGAAAUGCGUCAAUCCAGAGAGGAACCGCCAGUGAUCUAUUUGGCCCAUCUCUCACUGGCUUUGGCCCAGCUUCUGCGACAGUAGGUUCAAUCGGAAGCCGAACCAUGACACCACAACAACAGCCAUUAUUCAUACGACCCCAGAACACCUUUACCGACCAGAUGCCUCCUGGAAUUUCUCCUCAGCAACCAUCCCAACAGGCCACUGUAUUUCAGGGACAAGGCCAUACGCGCCAACAAUCGCGGUUCAGCUUUGCCAACGAAAACAGUGCUAGCUCUAUCAACGUAAAGUCAACGGGUGAUCCUAGAUAUAUGGCUCAACAGUCAUCCAUGAUGCCUUCUGCAUUUCGUUCGCAGCCAGUUGGUCAAUUAUAUACCACCUCUGUGUCUGGGCCCCCACCUGGCCUGAAAUCGACGGGUACGCCUCCUGUAGGUGGUGGCAUGUUCGGACAAGGCCAUACUUUUGGCGCAUCUGCGUUCGGUGGGGCCGCAAAGAGCAAUCCAAAUGACUUGCUUCAAUCUCUGAUUCGGAGCAAUGUGGGCAAUCAGGCCCAUGAUGGAAAGCGUGAGUACAUGAUCCCCCAAAUUUCCUCUUUCCAUAGCCAAUUCCCAUCCUCUACCUCCCCAACUCCUGCUCCGGCUCCCGGCCUCCUGGCAACGCUCUACGCCUCCCAGCCUGGAGCUUUCCCGGACUACGGACCCAAGCAGAAGAAGAAGGGGAAGAAGCACAGACACGCUAACACUUCCUCCUCUGGGGGGAGUGGCUUAGUAGAUCUUGCGGACCCGAGUAUCCUGCAGGCGCGGAUGCACCAUCAGCAACAGGGCAACAGCAUGGGAGCCGGGCAGGGACUGUUCGGUGGUCAAGCACAAGACGACGAUCUUCUUCCUCUCGACGCAGCAUCUUCCGCUGUUGACGCAUUAGUCUCAGAUCCAUAUCCGUCCGAUCUUCAAGAUCCCAUUUCGUUUGACGGUACAAAAUCGCCUGCUUUACCCCCUGGGCUAGGUUUUACUCAUACACACCCGCUCUCCUUGGUCUAUAGUGAAAGGACACAGAGCCCUCUGUCCCAAGACAGGCCACAGUCAAGAAGUAACGUAGUCCGCUCAAUCUCCAGUACAAUACCUCGACCAGUCACACCACUUGCCCCCAAGCCUACAAAACAAGCGUCAGUGCGAGGUAAGGAAGAGACUCCUACUGGCAAUAAUGAUGCCAGGAAGAAUAUAAAGGAGCUAGCCAACACGAGUGGUCUCUCGCAAGACAUUGCCGCGCAAGCCUCUAAAACAAAGGCAAGCCUACUCCAAGAGGAAGAUUUUCCAGCUCUUGACUCUGUGAAGACUGCCUCUCCCUCUAAAGCACCUGGCACUCCGUCAAAGCCUAGUCAAGCCUCAAAAACUUCAACUAGUAAGAAGGUUACUGCAGAUCCAGCAAAUAAGACAUCGAUGGAAACCAAGUCGAAGAGAUCAGAGAAGCGACCAGUCCCCGGUAUUCUCGACAUUGCUGCCGCUACAAACACAAUUUCCCAAUCAGCUACAGGCAAAAAGACAGACAUUCCGGAUCAGGCUUCCACCCACACCCCGUCUGGUUCCCAGUCAGGCAAAAAUCAGGUGACUUCUGCAAUCCCGACUCCUACACCCACAACGGCUUCAGUGUCUUCACCUCUCGCUAAAGUGGCGCCAAAGACACUUCGGCUAGUGCAAACUCCGAAGACAGAACUGCCAGCGACCCACGUAGCACCAGCUGCUGUGGCCUCGAUACGUUCAGCUGCUACAUCGAGCUCGGCUCAUCGACCACAGACACCGGCAAGUGAGAUAGUGUCUGAUACUGCAUCUAUUGUGAGUGCUUCCAUUUCCGCAUCGCGAACCAGCUCUCCGCCUCCAUCGAAAAUUGGCUCCCUUCCUGCACGUCCGACUACGAAGAGCCAACAGCGCAAACAACGCAAAGAGGCCUCGAAAGAAGCAGCUGCCCAAAUUGCCGACACCAAACCAUUCGAACCCGAGGUUGAGGUUGCACCAAUCCUUGGGCGGAAAAAGAAACAGAAGAAAGAGAAGAAGCCUACUGGUACAAGUAGGACGUCUACCCGCCCAGCAACACCGAGCACGACCGAGGCCUAUGAAGAGAAGGUUGUUCCAGAAAAGGACUCAUCCACCAGUCAAAGCGGCGGGACUGCCCGAAAAGACUCCAAAGCAGGUCUGUCAUUAACAGAGCAAGCAAAAGUCAGCAAGGAGAAGGGCAAGCCCUCGACGAACUCACCAAGUCCCACGGCCACGGCUAUCGAUACAUCAAUCAAACUGAAUGAAUCCACUAAAACAACGGUAUUGACACCCGACUAUAUCAGCCAUACACCUGAAGUAAAGCAGGAACAGCCAGUAGAGCAAGACAUUGGGGAGAUUCCUCAGCUUCGGGACGUUUUCAGUGCUCUAAUGAACGAAGGAUCCUUACGCAAUGUUGAGAAGAUCAGUUUCUUUAAGCCUUUGCCUACACAUCGUCUGGAUCCCAACGCUACUGGAUCAGUCUCUCUUCCGCCUACUUUGAAAGCUAUAGUUACCAAGGAAGACGAGGAGAAACUCAAUGCCUUUCAGCCAGUGCGCAAGAUCGUAAACGACCACUCGGUGCUGCUCACUCCCAACGGAGAUUGUGUGUUGAACUUGACGCCAGAAGAGGAGGACUUGUACCUUGAACUCCAAGACCAUUUGAGGUCUGAUAGCAUUCGCCCUACGGCCUUCUCCGCCACUCGUCAUACGCCAGCCAGUGGAUUCAGCUUAGUUAAGAAUCGUGCGGUGCCCAAUGGGCCGCCAUCCUUCUUCCCACUGGGUCCUGAUAACUACCCCAGCGACCCAGUCGGCAAGAUGCACCGAGAGGAGGCUAUCAGCUGCAUUAACCAGCAUGUUCUCCCGUCUCUCAAUCUGGGAAGUUAUAAGACUAUGGGUGCCACUUCUAAUUUUACUAAGAAUGUUAAUCUACAACAAUUGGCGCCUUGGAUUUAUCCUCCCACAGACAAUGCAGAGGAUCAAAGAAAGAUGUUUACGGGUCGAAACACAGAUGAGUACGGCACAGCAGCAGGCGGGCAUUCAGAUGCUGUGUACGGCAGCUACGAGCACCCUGAGAAUGGCCCCUCGCCAGCCAUUGGCAGCACUCCCCUGAUGUCAGUCGAAGACGCCGAGACGGUCUGGGCUCAGGCCAAGAAACAGCAUGAGGCGCUUGACAAGAAGUUUCGUCAAUUGCAAGCAAAGAACCGUCGUCUUGUCGAUCUGCAUUGA